AUGGACAGACCCUCAGGCGCUCUCGCCGUUGACCCCAAUGGCCACGCCAGCUAUUCUUUCCCCAUCACCGUCCCCUCUGGUAUCGGGCAGGGAAACACUCCCAAGCUCAGCCUGCAGUACUCACAGACCCGCGAUGCUGCCGGCACUUGUGGCCUCCGCUGGGCAGUAGCGGGCCUGUCUUCCAUCGAGAGAGUUGCACCAUCUCGUGCGAUCCGUCAGCACCCAGACUUCCUCGCCAGCAAGGAGGUGCCCGUUCCCUGGCGCCUAGCCGUCGAUGGUGCAGAGCUCAUCUGCUUCCAGGGUUCCUAUGGCAAGGGCGACGCGCGGUACUGUACCCAGGUCGAUGCAGGCCAGGUCGUCACAUCUCUGGCAUCUGGAGGUUUCCAGCUCCUAGAUACCGACGGCCGCACGAAAGAGUACGGCAACACGCCGGACAGUGGGCUGCUGCCCGGUCAAUGGCGUCUCAGCAGAACUACAGACGUCCAUGGGAACACUGUCACCUAUCACUAUUCUCAGUCUCCUGGUCUGGCUGCUGGAGGCUCUCGUCCGCCGUCAGAGAAAGAAUCGUCGUCGACGUCGUCUACGCAAGUGUCGUACAUCGACACCAUCCAGUACACCAGCAAUCCCCGCAACGGCUACAAGGGCCGUUGUUGGCUGACUUUCCUCUAUAACAGCCGUCCAGAUCGUGCCGUCGUUGCCCGUCAUGGUCAAUUGCGCAACAUUGGCUACAGGCUCGAGCGUAUCGAGGCUCGUGUUGGCAGUCCUGACGGCGCCCAACAGUCAGAUUUGGCCAGGGCUUUUGAUCUCACAUAUACGUCGUCUCCUGCCAGCGGCGAGUCACUUCUCGCCUCCAUCACCGAGCGCGGCUCAAAGAACAAUGCGCUUACCCCGACUACCUUCACAUAUACUGCGGCUAAUAACUCGGCCACUGGAACAUCGCCUUUCGCCCAGGAUCCGGCCGGCGCCUUCACCCUGCGUACUGGCGCCGCCCCUGCCGCUAUCCUACCUCUUGACACCACAGGUCGCGGCUACAGUGACUUCGUCUGUCUAGUGCUGCCUAGUCCCAGCGGCCUCUUUCAAGUGCGCACCCUGGCCGCGAUGCCUUCACACCAACAGCAGUCCUCUCAGACGUAUACACCGCCAAAAUUACAGUGGCCUCACGACAAGAACCUCGGCAUGGACGCUGGGCAUGCUCCAGUCCAGUUGCCCUGGACAGACGUUAACAACAUUCCCGAUAUUCUAGUGGCUGAUCUCAACCAUGAUGGCCGUUCAGACCUCGUCAUUCCAUACAGGGAUCCCCAAAGCAAUGCUCUGUCCUUUGCCGUCCUGCGCGCCAACGGCCAAGGGUUUGAUAAGCCCAUCAUCAUCACGUCAGGUUUCGCCUGGCAACACGGCAGCCGCUUCUUACUCGCCGACACCACUGGUGACGGUCAAAUAGACAUUUUGCAAAUGAUAACUGAUCAUGGUGCUCGCACCUACUCCCUCCGCACCUUUUAUGAUGUGGCCGCCAUGAUAAUGCGGCCCAACACCGUACCUCCGUCACGCCAGUCGCCUGCGUGGCCGGUACGAGGGCUGACCAUCGAACUUUUUGUCUUCCACAACGACACGAACUGCGCGCCAGCUCUCGUCCACGUGAUGGAAGGCUCCGCCGGUGCUGGGUCUCGAUGUUUAUGGGUGGACGUCAUCAGCAUGGGCGCUAUGCAGCACGAUUUGGAAGGGCAAGCUUUCAGCCUCCUGAGCUCCCGGCCCAUCCUGACCUACGUGCCUGAGGACAAGGUGCGGCGCUCGACGGCCGUCUGCGACAUCAACGGCGACGGAUGUCUGGAUAUCGUUGUCUGCACCACACGCGUUGCCAGCUGUGGUGGCGGAGACGCUGCCACCUUCACCAUGACCACAACGACUUUUCUCCGCGACUCCAACGGUAACUUUGCGCGGCAGCCCGAGCAGACCUCUGUUGUCACCUCGGCGAAACCGAUGGACCUGGGCCGUGUCUUCGCCGUGAACCCCUCCAGCGCCCGCUUCGGUGGCAUCGCGUACGCAUACCCGAAUGCGGACAAUAAGACUUGGAAUUGUAUCUUGGCCGUCGGUAACAGCGACGGCCAGCUGGGCUCCUUCCAGGCCCUUUCACAGCCUCUCGUUCAGACCGGCGGCGCCUCGCUGGGCGAUCCCGCAGACCAACUACACCUGAGGCCUAUCGACCUGAACGGGGUGUCGCGCUGUGGAUGGCUCGCCUACUCUCUUUACCACAAUCAUGCCAUCGUCCGCCCCAUCUACAACAACGUCGAGCUCUCUGACCACCUCCAAACCGUCACCAGCCCGAUUGGUUUACUGUCUACCAUCGAAUAUGGCUCCGCCACGCGGGCCGAGGUAUACGAGUCUGGUGUCAGUUACAAGACGUACCGUCCUGCCGACAACGAUGAGAAUGUGCGCUGUAUCGCCAUCCCGGCCUACCUCGUGACACGCGUCCGCGAGGACAACGAUGCCAGCGUCAAUCCGCUCCCUUACUCGGCCAACUACGAGUACAAGUACUAUAACGGUGCUUUCGACGUCAAGAGAAGAAGUUGGUCCAGCUUUGAGAAAGUCUCGCGUACCGAGACCGUGUCUGGCGUACGUGCUCUCACGACCUACUUCCAGGAAUGGCCUCUUUGCGGGCUUGUCAAGACCCGCGAAACGUACGGGAGCUCUCCAACAGCGCUCCAACAACGUAUCAAGGGCUUAGGAAAGAGCCAUCAGUCAACGUGGGCUGGGGACGAACUGGUCCUGCUCAAGUCCGUCUCCAACGGCUUCAAGCCGAUUAAGCGGGGCGGCAGACCUGCCUGCUGUAUCGUCAGACAGACAUGGAGAUCAAAGACUUAUUUUGAUGAUUUGGGCAAGGUGGCGGAGCGCCUCUUGAUGACGGAGUUUGGAUAUGACGGCGAGUCGAGGGACAGGACGACAGAGUACUCCCAGUACGCUCCCACCACUCGGUCGGGCGUUCAAGGCCUUACCGCUGCCAGCAAAGUUACCUCCAACGCGGGAAGCAACGACUUCAGCACGUACUCGUCCUCAGAUCUCAGCCUGACCCAGUUCCUCGUCGAAUCCACCCUCGAAUACAAUGCUUUUGGCAAUCUGCUGGCCGAGACCAGCACUACCGGUCUGUCGACGAUGAUGACAUAUGAUGGCCUAUACCCCCAGUAUGUCGUCGGAACCACGCUCAAAGGGACAGGCGUGAACCUCAAGACGGCUUACGCGUGGGACGCAAGGUACGGCGCCGCGACGGCCCACAUGUCGGAGCAGGGCGUCGUCCAGAUCACCACCGUGGACGAGUGGGGCCGGGAGCGGACCAAGGCGAUUACCGCCACCAAGACCGACACGGACGACUUCAAGUGGGACGGAGGACCGGCCGGGACGAGCGUUAAAAGCCAAGACUUCGGCAAGAUACUGGAGACUCUAAGACUUUGUCGCAACCAAGAGACCUCAUACGCGACGACCAACAUUGACCCGGUGACCUCGAAGCGGACACCCACAAGAUCCGUGGCCAAGUUCGCCGGUCCGUUUUCGAUGCCGGUGCUACCUGCCACCCACUUUGUGGACUGCAAGGGCCGCAACCGCCGCAGCGCGGAGCAGUUGGAUGCGGAACACAGUGGCGGCGGCGGCGGUGUAGCCUCCGGCAGGUCGUGGGCGUUCUUCAAGUAA